AUGUCUCUGGGGCGACUCCUCCGACGUGCCUCUUCGAAAGCUUCCGACCUCCUGACCUUGAAUUCUGGUGGUGGUGGCAGCUCAUCUUCUGUGUUUGAUGGGGAGAUUAUCUACUCAAAGAACAAUGUCUGUGUGCACCCACCUGAGCUGCUGCAAGGCAUCGGGGAGCAUCAUCCAGGCUACUUGUGCUUGUACAUGGAGAAGGAUGAGCUGCUUGGGACCACGCUCAUCCUUGCCUGGGUGCCCAACUCCCGCAUUCAGCGGCAGGACGAGGAAGCCCUGCGCUACGUCACUCCCGAGAGCUCCCCGGUCCGUAAAGCUCCCCGCAAACGCGGGAAGCUCCCUCAGAGCUGCUUCAUGGCCAACGAUGCCCGCCGGUCCCCCCAGCCCGCCCGCAGCGACUCAGGAAUCCUCUCAACAAUCAGUUCUCAGGAGGAGCAGAACAGGUCGGAGCUAUCAGUGGAGGGGACGGAGGAAGGCCUGGACUGCCGGCCGGAGCCAGGCGAGGACGAGGGCUCCUUGGAGCUGUCUGCCGACGACGUGAGCCGAGACAGCACUUUUGACUCCGAUUCUGAUGCCUUCUCUUCCCCCUUCUGCCUCUCUCCCAUUAGCGAAGCCCUCGGGAAAAGCAGCAGUUCCGUGUUUCUGGAGAACCAGGGCAG